AAUGAAUAAAAAAUACCUGAAACUGCAAAACAAAUAAUUUCAUACCUCAUAUUUAUUUAUUUUAUGGUGGAAAUGCAUUGUUUACAAGAAAUUUGCAAGAGUAGAAACCCAACAUUCCUAACCUGUUUGACAACAGUAAUUCUUCAAUAUUACUUGAUGGUGCGCAUUAGGUCGCUUUGUGCGCUAAAAAAUCACAUUAUACAAAAGUGUACAUAAAAUAAUUGAUGUUUAAUGUUGAAUAACAAACAUUCUAUAAAAUUAAAAAAUUUUAUUUACGAAAAGUAUUAUUUUAAAAAAUACAAUUGUUAGGUUAAAUCAAGAAAAAAUGGCUUCAACUAGACCAGCUUCAUGUGGCCUCAACUUCGCAUCCGCUCCAGAUUUAAGUAGUUGUUUAACAACAGCUCAAGAAGCUCACUAUGAAUUCGUAUGUAUUCCGUUAGUUCAUCCGAAUUUUAAGAGAGAAUUUAUCUCAGGAAAAGCUAAACAAAGGCCGGGUCCUUUUACUAGAGCAGAUAUGAUUCUUCAUUCAUCAGAUUGGAACACUUUAAUAGUGGCAAGAUUAUCACCAUAUCUGAAUGUCGAUUCAAUGAUCCCUCAUGUUCGUGAAAAUCAUGAGGCAAUAAUAAAUCAAGAAUUAUCAUUAGCUUCACAUCUCGGUGUUCCAGCAAUUACAUUUAAACUAAAUGGAGGGAUUGAAAAAAAUAUGAAUCUUGCGAGAAUUAUAAAUGAUAAAAUGAUAUCUGCAUCAAAUGUACAAAUUUGGCUCCAAGUACCAUUGGAAAAUCCUCUGAAACAAGCUAUGUCAUUUCGUACAGAUCAAGAAACGACUUUUGAAAGUCCAUGGGAAUGGUGGAACGGAUUUAGAUCAAUAUGUGAUUUUCAUAAGAAAUUAGGAGUUGCAUUAAUAAUAAGUCACGAUAUUCCGGAUGAUGAUGAAGAAAUAAACCGAUGGCUUGGUGAACCAGUCAAGUGCUUAGUAAUACCAACAACAUUAUUUAUAAGUAAUAAAAAAGGAUAUCCAGUUCUAGGAAGAGCACAUCAAUAUCUGAUACAAAAAUUUUGUUCAUUAAGUGUUCAAUUUCUAUUAACUGGAGCCAAUCGAUAUCAAAGUAUAUCAUUUUACUAUAAUUACUUGGAUCAUUUAUGGAAAAAAGGAUGUCAACUUAGCGGACCACUCGAACGUUAUGGACAAGGAUAUGAAGAUUAUUUACAAUUUCCUUUACAACCUUUGAUGGAUAAUUUAGAAUCAGGCACUUAUGAAGUAUUCGAAAAAGAUCCUGUUAAAUAUAAAGAGUAUCAGCGAGCUAUUCAUCGUGCUAUUUUAUUUAAAUCAAGAUCGAGUAUUGAAAUAAAACCCCUUGUAAUUAUGGUCGUAGGAGCUGGUAGAGGUCCUUUAGUUCGAGCGACAUUAAACGCUGCUGACAUUGCCAAAGUAGCUGUUAAAGUAUAUGCAAUUGAAAAAAAUCCCAAUGCUAUUAUCACAUUACAUGCAUUAAAGGAUGAUAUUUUUGGUGAUCGAGUAACAAUAGUUUCUUCGGAUAUGAGAGUAUGGGAAGCACCAGAGAAAGCAGAUAUACUUGUUUCAGAGUUAUUGGGAUCUUUUGGAGAUAAUGAAUUGUCUCCUGAAUGUCUUGACGGUGCUCAAAAAUUUUUAAAUGAUGAUGGAAUAAGUAUUCCCGAAGCAUAUACAUCAUAUAUUGGUCCAGUACAAUCAUCAAAAAUUUUUAACGAACUUAAACAUUGUGAUGAUAAAAAUAAACAUCCUUUAGCUCACUUCGAAACUCCUUAUGUGGUUUAUUUACAUAAUAAAUAUCACAUUGCUCAAGAACAACCACUUUUUACAUUUAAACAUCCAAAUCGUGAUCCUGUGAUAAAUAAUUCACGAUAUGCAAAGAAGAAUUUUCAAGUGAAAGCCAAUUCUGUUUUGCACGGCUUUGUUGGAUACUUUGAUGUUAUUUUAUUUGAUAAUAUCGUCCUUAGUAUUGUACCAACGACUCACAGUCCAGGAAUGCUCAGUUGGUUUCCAAUAUUUUUCCCAAUAAGGGAACCAAUUCAAGUGAAAGCAGGUGAAGUAAUUGAAUUACACUUUUGGCGAAACUGUAGCCCUAAAAAUGUUUGGUACGAAUGGAGUAUUAAUAAACCAACAUAUGUAGGAAUUCAUAAUCCAAAUGGUCGAUCUUACACAAUUGGUCUUUAAUCCGUACUAAGUAUUUUUAUUUUAAUUAUUUUUAUAAUUCCAGUUAUUACGUUAAAGUUUUUUAAGAAUAAAAAGUAAAAGUUUCAAUUA